AUGCAGUUGGGAGGGGGGAGAGAGAGAACCUGGGAUGCGUCUGUAUCGUGGGCAAAGACGCCGUGGAUAUCCCGUCGCUGAAAUCAUCCUCGAACGUUAACAAGCAUCGCCAGCGACGGCGCGGAUGAAUGCACCGAUGGGUUAGUGUGGGAUGCCAGUAUCCCCUCCUCGUCGUCUUCCUCAAAGUUGGCGCGCCAGCAGCCGGCGUCCCCGAGCCUCGAUCGUGGCCUCUUCUCUGCAGCGACCUCGUUCCUCCGCCUUCUCCUCACCAUCGCGUCCAGCAGUCCAAUGAGCACCACGACCAUCGGGCGGGGGCGGACUCCACGGCGGUGAAGGCGUCUCCCCCGCAAACCAAUCGCCGCCAGCCAGUUCCCUCCAGCCCAAAAUACGCCCGGCUUUCAUUCCUCUUUUUUUAGGAUUUUAAGGAUAACAUCUUUUAGACGAAUACAUUUGAGCUCGGUGAUCCCCCUCACUUGCCCUCCGAAAAAAUUAAUGAUUUCUUUGAUUAUAUAAACGAUCUCCUCGGUGAGUGAGAAUCGGAGAGCUAUCUUCUCUGGAAUUCGACUAAAGGUUGUGUACAUGACGGGAGAAUCAAUGAGAAAAUAAGGGUGGAGUGAGCGAGAGAAAUAAACUUACAUCUACUUCCUUUCUAGCCAGGACAAGUGUACAAGAUGAGAGAGAAAGAGAGAAGGGGGGGCAUCUGUGACAGCCGUGAGGACGAAGAAUAGGCUGUUCCUCGUGAGGAAGACAGUGCGCGCUCAGGGGACGGGAUAGGACUUGCUGUUGCACAUGCACUUGUAGGCCAUGGGGCAGGUCUCCGCCUCCUCCAGUGACGCACAAACGAAGCUCACCAUUACCAGCCGGCACGGCGAGCACGACCCGCACGCGUGGGAGCAGUCAGGCAGGCUCGACCCCGCUAUCUGCACCGUCUCCGGGCCACUACGGCCCCGCUGGGUCCACCCCUCUGUCGUCCUCUCCUCCGAGGGCCCCGCCCCCUCGAGAUGAUGAUGGCUUCUGGGAAUAGUAAUGACGCCUGCAAUCGCCAAGUGAACGGAGAAAAUGCCUUAGCGAAAGAGAGAGAGAGAGAAGACGUCUCAUCAGUAGAGACGAGGACGGCGGACUUGGCUCGCUGUCGUCAACGUCAGGGAGAGGAGAGAGAGAUAGAGAGAGAGAGAGAGAGAGAGAGAGAGCAAACCUGAGUGAGGAGAGAGAUCUAUGCGCCUCGCCAGCGAGAGGGAUACCAGCGAGAGGGAGAGAGCGAGGACGAGUGCAGCCACGGCGGCAGCGGACGCCAUGAGGGGUUGUUUCCGGUAGGCAGGCGAGAGAGAGAUCGGAACUCGAGCUCGGACGGGUAAUGGGCAGUGGUCUCCCCGCGGAGCCGCCGCUGUAUAUAACAGAGAAGAGAGGGGGUUCUUCAUUGACGCACGUCACAGGUUAGGGAGGGGAGGUCACACGGGAGACGGUCGACGUCGCCGUGGCUUCACGGAGAUCCUCCCCGGGGCCAUUAACUGAGCCCAGCGGAGCUCGGUCGCCCCCCGCCGCCCGCUUGUUAUUUAAUGAAGCCGGGCGCCGCCUGCUCCUCCGCCGUCACAGAGGGCGAGCAUCGUGAUCCUCGUUAAUGCUCCCCCAGUCCCCUGGCGGAUUCGAAGAGCAUCCCUAAGGAGGAGAAUGUCUCUGUCUGAUGUGUUUCCAUGAUUCAGACGGGCCGUGGGUUCCCCGAGGGUUCCAAACUUGGCCAUAUUAAUGGUAAUGCGUCGAAUGAAUGCUCUCAUCCGUCAUAGUAACUUAGCUUGCGAGCGUAACCAGGUUUCGCGUCUGCUAGACGUGACAUUGAGCCCCACAUGAGAGGGGCGCUGCGUAAAUGCGUUGGAGAGAAGAUCCGAAGAAGAUUUUCCAGAUGUCCGACCUGAGCAUGGACCCGACUCUCCUGCCGGCGUUCACCGAGUCAGCCGCACAAUCCUUCUAGCAAGCUCAUCGCAGGUCAAGCUUUGAGAAGGUGGUGGGGCGGCAUUUUGGAAUCUUGAGAGGCCCAGAGAAAUCUAUCCGCCGCAAGACAACGUCCCUCCUCGAACAGAAGGAAAUACAAUUGCCAUUUAAUCGUAGGCAUGAUUAUCGCACCCUCAACAUAGAGGAUCCAGAUUCCUGUCAUAGAACUUCACUCCCAGCGUAGGUCGGAACGGUAGUUUCUGUGGGCGUGCACGGUGUACGCACAUCUGGCCCGGGAUUGCACGGCGCGCCAAGCACGAACAAACACCACACACACACGUACCAGUGCAUGGUGGCGUGGUGCGGCACGGUAGCAGCACAGCAGCAAUACGGCAUGGUCACACAAGCACGGAUAGCAUAAUGCUGUAGUCUCGUAGGGUGCACGAUGGCGUGCAUCCAUAUGUGCGCACGGCGGGCACAGCACGAUAUGUCACGGCAUGUGGGGGUGUGUAUGGUACGUGAGGCAUAAUGUAACAUGGCACGGGGCACUGUGGGCGCUCAGCGCAGAGAGAGAAAAUUGUCCGCUAGCGGGAACAUAAUGGACACACAUAAGGUCAACCUGCCUACGUAGAAUGGGCACAUAGGUGGCCAACCAGCACAAUCAUGCAUCAGCCAGCACAAAUGUAUGUAAUGAGUGUGUGGGAGCUUGUCUUCAUCAUACAUAUUCUUCAAGUAUUUAACAUAUUCAGCUAUGUACAUAUUCAUCAUACAUAGUUGAGUAACAACGAAGUGAAUUGUUUCAUGUAAUAUGAGAUUUUGUGAGAUUUUGUAAUAUGAGAUGAAUAUGUUGUAAUAUGACAUUUUAUAAGUAAUGAGUUCCUUUUGUGUAUGUGUACGACCACUCUUUGCCCCACACUUUACUGGCCACUAGUGAUGUGGAAGGUGAGUGA